AAGAUUCUUCCUGCUGUAUCGCGCAGAUCCGCCCUGUCUCCCCCCCCACUGGUGGAUCUCGUGUGCUGAGUGGUACAAGCCGGUUAGCAUGCCACUCAUACGCAAUAUCUAAUCAAAAUUAAUACGAGUCGUAAUUAUAAAUUAAACAAAUAACUGCAGUUGGAGCAAAGUCGCUGAAAUAUUGGCGCCAAGGAGGGAGUGGGUUGGUGGACAGAGGGGCGCGUGGCGGUGGGAAGUGCUCUCCUAACCAGAUCCUCCAGCACGGCUCGCUCAGAACAUGGCGGAACACCACACCGCCUCCGAUUGUAAGCACAAAGCGAGCUCCAACGCCGGGAGUUCGGUCUCUGGCAACGGGCGGCCUAACUCUCCUGCUGGAUGUAGCGGGGGAGGCCUGUCCGGUGGACUGACGCAGCCGGCGGGAUGGCAGUCGUUGCUGUCGUUCACCAUUCUGUUUCUGGCCUGGUUGGCAGGAUUCAGCUCUCGACUUUUCGCAGUUAUUCGUUUCGAGAGUAUCAUUCACGAGUUUGACCCCUGGUUUAACUACAGAUCGACUCAUCAUCUCACCACUAACGGCUUUUAUGAGUUCCUGAACUGGUUUGAUGAGAGAGCAUGGUACCCGCUGGGCAGAAUAGUAGGGGGGACGGUGUAUCCUGGUUUAAUGGUGACUGCGGGUUUGAUUCACUACAUACUGAAUCUGCUCCAUGUGACGGUGCACAUCCGUGAUGUUUGCGUGUUCCUGGCGCCCGUUUUCAGCGGCCUGACCUCCAUUUCCACAUUUUUGUUAACGCGUGAGCUGUGGAAUCAGGGUGCGGGGCUGCUGGCGGCAUGUUUCAUUGCCAUCGUACCCGGCUACAUCUCUCGCUCCGUGGCCGGCUCGUUCGACAAUGAGGGUAUUGCCAUUUUCGCCUUGCAGUUCACCUACUACCUCUGGGUUAAGUCGGUGAAAACUGGCUCAGUCUUCUGGACCAUCGGAUGCUGCCUCUCGUACUUUUACAUGGUGUCUGCAUGGGGAGGCUACGUCUUCAUCAUCAACCUGAUUCCCCUCCACGUGUUUGCGCUUCUCCUUAUGCAGCGUUUCAGCAGGAGGCUCUACAUCGCCUACAGUACCUUUUAUAUAGUGGGCCUGGUGCUGUCCAUGCAGAUCCCAUUUGUCGGCUUCCAGCCCAUCAGGACAAGCGAGCACAUGGCUGCUGCAGGUGUAUUCGCGUUGCUUCAGGCCUACGCCUUUUUGCAGUAUCUAAAGGACAGGCUGACCAGGCAAGAGUUUCAGACGCUGUUCUUUCUGGGAGUCUCUCUGGCUGCAGGACUGGUUUUCCUCACUGUUAUUUACCUGACUUACACAGGGUACAUUGCUCCUUGGAGUGGGCGUUUUUACUCGCUGUGGGACACUGGAUACGCAAAGAUCCACAUUCCCAUCAUCGCCUCCGUCUCAGAGCACCAGCCCACCACGUGGGUCUCUUUCUUCUUUGAUCUCCACAUCCUGGUCUGUACCUUCCCAGCCGGGCUCUGGUUCUGCAUCAAGAACAUCAACGAUGAAAGAGUUUUCGUGGCUCUGUACGCCAUCAGCGCCGUGUACUUCGCCGGGGUAAUGGUGCGUCUGAUGUUGACUCUCACCCCGGUCGUGUGCAUGCUCUCAGCCAUCGCCUUCUCCAGCGUGUUCGAGCACUACCUGGGUGAUGACAUGAAGCGCGAAAACCCGCCGGCUGAGGACAGCAGUGAUGAGGAUGACAAGAGGAAUCAGGGGAAUCUUUAUGAUAAGGCAGGCAAAGUACGAAAGCACGUGUCGGAGCAGGACCGACCGGAGGAGGGCUUGGGACCCAACAUCAAAAGCAUCGUGACCAUGUUGAUGCUGAUGUUACUUAUGAUGUUUGCCGUGCACUGCACCUGGGUCACCAGCAAUGCCUACUCCAGUCCUAGCGUUGUACUGGCAUCAUACAACCAUGACGGAUCGAGGAACAUUUUGGAUGAUUUCCGUGAAGCGUAUUACUGGCUCAGACAGAACACGGAUGAGCACGCUCGGGUCAUGUCUUGGUGGGAUUACGGCUAUCAGAUCGCAGGCAUGGCCAACCGCACGACGCUGGUGGACAACAAUACGUGGAAUAAUAGUCACAUAGCACUGGUUGGUAAAGCUAUGUCCUCUAACGAAAGUGCAGCCUAUGAGAUUAUGAAGUCCCUGGAUGUGGAUUACGUCCUGAUUAUUUUCGGAGGAGUGAUCGGAUAUUCGGGCGACGAUAUUAACAAGUUCCUGUGGAUGGUGCGCAUUGCAGAGGGAGAGCACCCUAAAGAUAUUCGGGAAAGUGAUUAUUUCACACCACAGGGCGAGUUUAGGGUGGAUAAGGCCGGAUCGCCCACCCUGCUCAACUGCUUGAUGUAUAAAAUGUCUUACUAUCGCUUUGGAGAAAUGCAGCUGGACUUCCGCACACCUCCCGGGUUCGACCGGACACGGAACGCCGAGAUCGGCAACAAGGAUAUCCGUCUGAAGCACCUAGAGGAGGCAUUCACCUCUGAACACUGGCUGGUGCGCAUCUACAGGGUGAAGAAGCAGGAGAACAGACAAGCUCUGGAACACAAGCUCCGUAACAUCUCAGCCAAGCAGAAGUACACCUCAAAAAAGACAGCCAAGAGGAAGCGGGGGCUCAUCAAAAACAAAUUGACGGUGAAAAAAGGCAAGAAACUGAACAAGAAGUCCGUUUAGAUAUUGAAUAAAAAGUUGAGAAUGGGGAAAAAUAAGAAAACAAAAGACAAGGACAAAUGCAACUAGUGAGUAAUCCACCAAUCGAGAACAACAACAAACAUUUGUCGUCUGGCACCGCCCACCUGAGUAUAUUUGAUUGGAGGCUUUCGGUCCUGUGAUCGCCAUGACGACACUGAGGUUCCAUCAUGUGUUCGAGGAUGAAGCACGGAUCGGGAUCGACACCUGUUUUAAUCUAACAACUCUGGACUUCAUUUUGUUGUUUUGUUUUUGUUUUGUUUCUCGUUUUUUCUUUUGUACUUGAAUGUGCUGGCGAAGCAAGAGACGUGGCCGUUUUUUAAAACGGCUUGGCAGUCGAUAUUUUCGUGGUAAUGUAAUAUAACCGAAUGCUAAAACGACCAACGGAUAUGAAUUUAGUGAAGCUCAGUGAACCUUGGAGCACCAAAGAAAAUAUUUUUGUUUUGUCGACUCGGAGCCUGUAUGAAAUUGUUACCUUUUGAUAAAGAUGUAAAAAUAAACGUUGUGGAAUCUGAGGAA